GGCUGAAGAGGUUUUUCAGUUUUUUAUUUAUUUAUUUUUUACCUGUCAAUCGUUUCUCAGAGCCAAUGGACAUCUUUACAUUCGCCGAGAUUCCCACGGUUAGCCUGCAUUGAGCCAAUGGAGGAAGAAAACCAGGAAAAGUGGGCGGAUACGUCGUCGGGAGGAAAAUAAUCAGUGACGUUCCCCUAGCUUGCUUUGUGUAGGGCGGUAGGACAGUACCGCUGCUGAUGGAUUGUAAAGAACCAAUCAGAGCAUUCCGUGGGAUACCGGAGUACACAAGUGACCAAUCCGUAAAACUAGCUGCAGCUGUCAAUCAAGCCCGGUUCUGGCUAGUAGGCGGGGACGUUCAGCCGACUGUAGUUCCGUCAUCUCGCUCGUCUCCGAGGCUACGGGGGGCCAAUGUUGAUUUGGGUGAAUUCCCGUCGUUGUCGGACCCCGCCGAGGUUAAAUUUUUAAAAGCUGGGUUUUGUAACGAAAACUGGCGGCUCUUGGGCUGAAAAUAUCGCAUUCCCGCCUCUGGUGUCGUUUUUGUUUAGGGGGGGGAGAGGUGGGGAGCCAGGGGGGCUCGUUCGGCGGGGGCUGCAAGGAGGGACAGGCGAAUACUGGAUCCUCCGUGUUCAGGCCAACUGCGCCGAGCUCGGCCUCACGGUCCAGUGAAGCCCCAACGACAGAGAUACCACAAAGGUAUCCUCCCCGUGGAUUUAAGCUAUAUAUCGGUCACCGGUUGCUGAUGACUGAGGAGUGAGUGAGCCCGCUUCACCAUCUCGUCUCGCCCCGGCACCGCAUCAGCAGCUGCCAGGCUAUUAAAGACCAAGACCUCGGAGUUAACGCUUGGUGCUGUUGGAUUUAGAAAAUACCGAUUAGACCUAAUCGAGAUUAGACCGGCUUGAGAAGGCUGCAGGGCGGCCAAAAAGCCACGGUUCACCCGUUGACAGGUUGUCAUCAUGGGCAACGCGCCCACGGCCAGGAAGGGCAGCGAGAUGGAAAGCGUCAAGGAAUUCCUUGCUAAAGCCAAAGAGGACUUCCUCAAAAAGUGGGAGAAUCCUGCACAGAACACUGCUUGCCUGGAGCAGUUUGAGAGGUUGAAAACCCUGGGCACGGGCUCAUUUGGCCGUGUUAUGCUGGUGAAACACAGAGAAACGGGACAACAUUAUGCCAUGAAGAUCCUCAACAAGCAGAAGGUGGUCAAGCUCAAGCAGAUAGAGCACACUCUGAACGAGAAGAGGAUUCUUCAGGCUGUCAGCUUCCCUUUUCUGGUGCGGUUAGAGUACUCAUUCAAGGAUAACACUAACCUCUACAUGGUGAUGGAAUAUGUGCCAGGUGGAGAGAUGUUUUCCCAUCUACGGAGAAUUGGCAGAUUUAGUGAGCCUCAUGCUCGGUUCUACGCUGCUCAAAUUGUUUUGACCUUUGAGUAUCUCCAUGCUUUGGACCUGAUCUACAGAGACCUGAAACCUGAAAACCUGCUCAUAGAUCAACAGGGCUACAUACAGGUUACAGAUUUUGGCUUUGCCAAACGUGUGAAGGGCCGGACCUGGACACUGUGCGGCACCCCAGAAUAUCUGGCUCCCGAGAUUAUUCUCAGCAAGGGGUAUAACAAGGCGGUAGACUGGUGGGCACUGGGUGUACUCGUCUACGAGAUGGCAGCAGGGUACCCACCUUUCUUUGCUGAUCAGCCCAUUCAGAUCUAUGAAAAGAUCGUUUCAGGGAAGGUUCGUUUCCCAUCUCACUUUAGUUCAGACCUGAAAGACCUCCUAAGGAACCUGUUACAGGUGGAUCUCACAAAACGUUAUGGAAACCUCAAAAAUGGGGUCAAUGACAUCAAGGGACACAAGUGGUUUGCAACAACUGACUGGAUUGCCAUCUACCAGAAAAAGGUGGAAGCUCCCUUCAUCCCCAAGUUCAAAGGACCAGGCGACACCAGCAACUUUGACGACUAUGAGGAGGAGGAGAUCCGCGUCUCCUUCACUGAGAAAUGUGCCAAGGAGUUUGCUGAGUUCUAAUUAGAAAGCAAGAGAGGAA